GUUCUCCGGUCUGCAUGAGAGGAGAACCGGACGCAGCGGUGACUGCUGACCGUUACUCCGCCUGGAUCGAUGUGAUUCCUGGAGGAAAGUAAAGAUGGCAGCCGCUGGCCCCUCCCGGGCCCGGUAGUUUCACGGACAGAUCUGCUCCCACCGCAUCCGCCAUGUCUGCGCCCCAGACCCAGAAGGAGGGCAGCGAGGCGGGCUGGGGCGCUCUGGAGGCUCUGGGUCUCAGCCAGAGGGAGCUGGUUCUGGCCGAGGCGCUGCAGAUGGAGUACGACGCUCUAUCCAGACUCAAACAGGACAAGACCGGAACCGGGACCGGGUCUGCCCUCCCAGAACCCGGCGCUCCCAGCCAGACAGGCCUAAAGACUCCAGAUACUUCCACACCGGGACAGAACCUCCUUGCCCCCUCAGAGGACCUGCUGCUGGACCUCUCUGAACCCGACUCCUCCCCCAACCAGCCGGGGGGGUCCCAGUUCCCACUGCCCCUCCCACCCAGACCAGCGCCUCCUGCUGGGGUCUUCAUGAAGGAGACACCCUACAUCCUGGACAGUCCUGAGCUCAGGAAGUUCUCUGGUUCUGGUGACUCGGUUGGACCCAGCUUAGGGUUCCUCUCUAAAGGCUCGGCCCUGCCUGACGACAUUCCCCCCGCCGUGCCGCCCAGGCACCCCCUUCCCCCUCCGUCAGGGUCAGAGCUGCCCCUGCUGCCCCCCCGGCCCUCCACCCGGGACGUUAACCUGUUCCACCCUGGGGGCGACCAGCUGAAGGUGACCUCAGCGGAGCUGAACUAUGACCUCAUCAACGACUCGCUGGCCAGACUCAACGAGGGUCGACCGGCACCGGUGGCCCGCUGUGCCAACGGGGACCAAUCAGGGAAGCCCGUGUCCCGCAGUAAGACCCUCCCCCCACAGGUGCCUCCCAGGACCUACACACCUGCAGCGAAGAGCAGCAAGAACCAGCGCAGGGUUUCCGCUGACCCGGUGCGUCUGGGCUCCAGGACCAACGGGUUUGGAUACGAACUGUUCCAGGUGUCGGAGGAGAGAGACGAGGAAGUGGCAGCGUUCUGUCACAUGCUGGAUGUGCUGCGCUCAGCGUACCCCAGCAGCAACCGUUCUAGGAAUGCCGGCUUCGUGUGGUCGCCGUCGGUCGGCCAUGAUGAGCUGCACCAGGCUCUGGGCGUGGCCGUCAAGGUGACGGUGGCUUGCGAGGCAUUCAGGGAACCUCUGACCUUCACAUGCGACGGCUCGUCCACGGUGGACCUGCUGAUCUACCAGACGCUGUGCUACACUCAGGACCAACUGGACCACCUGGACGUGGACGACUACCUGCUGAAGGUCUGCGGACAUGAGGAGUACCUCAGCAACUCUCAGACUCUGGCCGGUCUGGAGUUUGUCCAACAGUGUCUGAAGUUUGACUGGGACAUUCGGCUGUUUCUCACCAAGAGAUCUGCUGUCAACACCAAGCUGGCUCGCACGAAGGAAGACGAUGACACGCCGUCCUCCAUGAACCACUGCAUCCUACUGCAGGAGCGUCCCAUUAAACAGACGGUCACCAGGGAGGCUCUGACUCUGCUGCUGGACACUUUUCACAACGAGGCCGAGUCCUUCCUGCUGUCAGAGGUGGAGCUGCUCCUGCAUGUGGAGCGCCUCGUCCAAUCAGUGAAGGCGCUCUGCAGCUCACUGGCUGCCGUGGAAACGCCGGAUGUGACGGCGGCCCUGAACCAGCUCCCAGCAUGCCCCUGUCGCCUGCAGCCCAAGGUUUUGAAGGAUGCAUCAGUGCUGUCGCUGCGUGAGAACAGAGAGUUGGUGGUGGAGAAGCUGACGGCGGCCAUCUUGGACCUGGUGGAGCUGUACUGCAGCACGUUUAACGCCAACUUCCACACGGCGGCGCAGAGCCGGAGCGGCACGGUGCCGGUCCAGGAGGCCGGGCUCGUCACCAACGUGCUGUCCUUCAACGUGUAUGCUGCCCAUCGCGUCCCCAUCACCUGGGCAACCAGCUACGAGGGUUUCUUCCUGUCCUGCUCUCUGACUCAUGGAGGGGCGGAGCUCUGCGCGCCGCAGCACACCAGCAAACAGGGCGUCAGUAAAUACCUGUUCCACCUGGUGGUGUGGGACCAGAGGGUAUGUUUCCCAGUGGAGAUUACCCAGCUGCCCCGGGAGUCCCAGCUCACGGUGACGCUGUACGCCAGCCCUCUACCGCCCCCCGGAGGAGCCGAGGAGAAGAGCAAGCAGCGACGCAGCACGGAGCCUCUGGGCUGGGUCACCAUGCCGCUCUUCAACUUCAGACAUGUGCUAACGUGCGGCAGGAAGUUGCUGGGUCUUUGGCCAUCAACCCCAGGGAGGAGCGGAAACGCCAGAACCAGUUCUCCCAACUUCAGCCAGCCGGACAGCGUCAUCCUGCAGGUGGACUUCCCCACCUCCUCCUUUGAAGUGGUCUUCAGCACGCCGCCCCCUGCUGACUUCUGUCCUCAGUACGACUUCAGCAGGCUGGACACGAUCAGCCAGAUCCAGCUGCAGGACGUCCUGCAGAAGAAGGCCUUCCACUGGCUGACGGCGGACGACAAGCGGCUGCUGUGGGAGAAGAAGGCCUUCUGCCAGUCGGAAAGCGCAGCGCUGCCUCUGGUUCUGGCCAGCGCCCCCUGCUGGCAGUGGGCGUGUCUGCCGGAAAUCUACGCCCUGCUGCGGCAGUGGGCAUGUCUGGGUUACCUGGACGCUCUGGGGCUGCUGCACGCAUCGUUUCCGGAUCAGGAGCUGAGGAGGACGGCGGUCCAGUGGAUGGACUCCAUAUCGGACCCAGAGCUGCUGGACUUUCUACCUCAGCUGGUUCAGGCUCUGAAGUACGAGUGCUACCUGGACAGCUCUCUGGUCCGCUUCCUCCUACGGAGAGCCAUCGGGGACAUUCGCAUUGCUCACUACUUGUUCUGGCUGCUGAAGGACAACCUGCAGGACAGCCAGUUCAGCGCUCGCUAUCAGCACCUGCUGGCCGCCCUGCUGUGCUGCGUGGGCCGAGCUCUGAGGGACGAGUUUGACCGGCAGUGCUGGCUCGUCUCCAUCCUCACCAAGGUGGCCCAGAAGGUCCGGGACGCCACGCCCUCCAGCCGACAGAGUGUCCUGAGAGAGAGUCUGGAUGAGAUGAAGCAGUUCUUCUCAGUAAACAGCUGCUGCAGGUUACCUCUGAACCCAGCGCUGCUCGUCUCACGAAUCAACAUCCAGUCUUGUUCCUUCUUCAAUUCCAACGCCGUUCCUCUGAAACUGUCCUUCCAGAACCUGGACCCCCGCGGAGACAACAUCAAUGUCAUCUUCAAGUCAGGAGACGACCUGCGACAGGACAUGCUGACCCUGCAGAUGAUCCGCAUCAUGAACAAGAUCUGGAUCCAGGAGGGGCUGGACAUGAGGAUGGUCAUCUUCAAAUGCUUCUCCACAGGCAGAGGACGAGGUAUGGUGGAGAUGAUUCCUCACUCUGACACCUUGAGGAAGAUCCAGGUGGAACAUGGAGUCACAGGAUCCUUCAAGGACCGAACGCUGGCCGACUGGCUGCAGAAGCACAACCCGACUGACGAGCAGUACGACAAGGCGGUGGAGAACUUCAUCUACUCGUGCGCCGGCUGCUGCGUGGCGACCUACAUCCUGGGGAUCUGUGACCGCCACAACGACAACAUCAUGCUGAAGACGAGCGGCCACAUGUUCCACAUCGACUUUGGGAAGUUCCUGGGACACGCCCAGAUGUUCGGCAACAUCAAGCGGGACCGCGCCCCCUUCGUCUUCACCUCCGACAUGGCGUACGUCAUCAACGGGGGAGACAAACCCUCCAGCCGUUUCCACGAGUUCGUUGACCUGUGCUGCGAGGCGUACAACCUGAUCCGCAAACACACACACCUGUUCCUCAACCUGCUGGGCCUGAUGCUCUCCUGUGGGAUUCCUGAACUGUCGGAUCUGGACGAUCUGAAAUACGUCUACGACGCUCUGAGGCCUCAUGAGUCGGAGGCUGAUGCCACCACCUACUUCACCAGGCUGAUUGAGUCCAGUCUGGGCAGCGUCGCCACCAAGCUGAACUUCUUCAUCCAUAACCUGGCCCAGAUGAAGUUCGCCUCGUCGGAGGACCGACCCGUGCUGUCCUUUGCUCCCCGGAUCCACACGGCGAGGAGCGACGGCGUCAUCAAGAACCUCUACAUCUGCAGACACAUCCGCUCCGCCAAUAAGGGCUACGCGUUUGUGGUGAAAGUGGAGCGUGACGCUCAGCAGGAGGCGCAGCUGGUUCAGAGGACCUUCGAGGAGUUCCAGGAACUUCACAGCAAACUGCGGCUCGUCUUCCCCUCCUCCAAGCUUCCCAGUUUCCCCAGCCGCUUUGUGAUUGGCCGUUCCCGAAGCGAGGCGACGGCGGACCGGAGGAAAGACGAGCUGAACGGCUACGUGUGGCACCUGAUCCACGCGGCGCCGGAGGUGGCUCAGUGUGAUCUGGUCUACACCUUCUUCCACCCUCUGUCCAGAGACGAACGAACCGCAGGAGGCAGCAGCAAACCUGCAGAGGUAUUGUGGUCUCCAGCUGCAGGAACGGAGCUCGGAGAGGUCAAGCUGUCCAUUUCCUACAAGAACGAUAAGCUGUUGAUCAUGGUGAUCCACAUCAGAGGCCUGCUGCCCCUCCAGGACGGCACCGACCCGGACCCGUACGUGAAGCUCUACCUGCUGCCGGACCCCCAGAAGACGGGCAAGAGGAAGACCAAGGCAGCGCGGCGCACCUGUAACCCCACCUACAACGAGAUGCUGGUGUACGACCGGAUCCCGCAGGGGGACCUGGACCAGAGGGUGAUCCACCUGAGGGUUCUGAGCGACGGAUCCUUCUGGGAGAACACGCUGCUGGGGGAGACCUUCAUCCCCCUGACCAAGCUCGUCCCGGGUCAGCACUGGAUCGACUGGCACCGCCUGGUUCGGACCGGCUCAGACUCCGCCCACUGACAGACGGGGUGUCCUUUCAAAAUAAAAGCUACUGUAGAUUUGAGGACUGUGGCAGUUUUCUAUCAAGAACAUUUGAGAUGACUUCAUGUCAGUUUGAAGCUGGACUACAAUUAUGGAUCUGCUGCUCUUGAGUGGUUCUGGUUCCGCUCAGAACUGUAGAAUAACGAGCUGGACUUUUAACAGAGAACAUGCAGGAACUGGGAGCAUUUCUCUAGGAAACAAGCUGGUGAAUGACUGAAAUGGUUCAGUGUCGAAGGGUUCGGACCCUCUGAGGUCAGCAGAAGUUCUGCUGGUUCUGGACCGUUUUAUGGCCUUCUGGGACGAUUUCUCUGUUUUAGCGCUGUAGACCAGAUGAAUGUGGCAGCUGCAGGACUGGGACUCCAGCUGGCAGGGAAAGUGUGAUUGGGCGUUCCUCAGCUCUAAGCUCUGAUUGGCUGAAGCUGCCUGUGACCCCGGCCCCUGGAUGAACAAGCUCUGCUUCCAGCUGUGGGUUUCCCAGCUCAAAGCAAACAGUUAGCAGGUUGCUGUGCCUGUUACCAUGACAACUGAAGCUAUCAGUGUAACCAUGUGACCCUCCAUAAACAGGAGACAUACUUUUAGAAUGAAUUGUACUCAUGGUUUUAUAAAGAACCUGGUAAAUGUGAGGGCAAUGUGGCUCCACCCCUUACCUUGUUCGAUCAGUAGAAGCCCCGCCCACCGAAUAUUCCAGUGAGCAGCUUCCGGCCUGCAGCCUCCGCUUGAUCAAACUGAACCUUGAACAUAAAAAUGUGAGAAGUUUCUUUACCUGGAUUUUCUUAAUUAUUAUUAUUAUUUGCACUAAAAACAAUAAACUUGAAGUGAAAAGUGAA